UCACGCAGGGAGAGAGAGAGAGAGAGAGAGGUGCUCCGAUCCUCAGCCCAAGGAGACGGAGACGACGACGAAGACGAAGAGGCUCUCAGGUAAGUGAGCAAGCAAGAUGACGGUGCGAAAGGGUCCAUCGCAUUCAUGGUGGUUUGCUAGCCAAGACAGGCUCCAAAGUUCAACACAAUCUUCAUGGUUGUCAUCGACACUUUCCGAACUAGAAGAGAAGACCAAGCAGAUGCUGAACCUGAUAGAGGAAGAUGCCGACUCCUUCGCUAAGCGUGCAGAGAUGUACUACAAAAGGAGACCUCAACUCGUAGACAUGAUUGAAGAUUUCUACCGGGCUCAUCGCUCAUUGGCUGAGCAGCAUGAUCAACUAAAAUCUGGAUCAGCAGUGCGACGUUCGAUAUCAGUUUGUCCUGCUUUCUUUGACAGAAGCUGUUCACGGAGUAUAAGCAGCAGUGAUGCCGAUGAGGGCCCUAAGUUUUCCACCGAUUCAUUUUAUUCAGAGGAAUCCGAAGUUGAUGAUCCUGAACAAGAAGAAAACGAAGCUGAGAAUAAGCCAAGAGUUAUGUCGGAUGAAGGGACUGAUCGUUAUUUAGUGAUGAAACUGAAACAUGAACUAGAAAGGCUUAGAGAGGAGAAUGCAAAACUUAAGGCUGAAAUAGCAGGAAAAGAUGAAGAGAAAAGGGAUGUUAUCAGACAGCUUGCUUUGUCUUUGGAUAUCUUGAAGGAAGAGAAUGUUACCUUGAGGAGGUCCAUUAAGCACCCAGAGAAAAAGGGUGGCGGCUUUUUUGACCUUAAGAAACUAACCAAAGAUACGUUCAGUGGAAGAAGACUGUUUCACGGGAAGUCAAAACCUCAAACUACAAUUGUAGCCCUCUAAGGUUUGUGGAAGAUAUCUACCCAUGUACUUAGAAAUUUAAAUAUAGUCUGAAACUAGGAUGAACAGCUGAGGGUAUGACUUUCUCCCAGACUAGGCUUAUGCCAAUCUGAUGUAUUCAUAGACAGAAUUGUCCUUCUACAUAAUGUAUUCUUUUCAUGAGUGCCAGAACUUAUGCAUGCACUAUUUCUAAUCAUUUAUUGCUUGCAUAUUUAAAUAUAAAGGGAAUGUAUCUGCA